UGAAAUUGCUCGAUAAACAUACUAACCAUAUGUGAACGAUUAUUUUGUUUUUAUUCAAAUCGAGUUGACGUGGCGAGAAUGUUUUUUUUUUUUUUCAAAAAAAUAAUAAGUAACUUUAAAAAAUAAACAAUGUCGCGGGCAAACAACAUCUUUAUAAUGGUACAUAUUCGGACGAUUUUGACGUUAUACAUCGUGAUUUUGGCCGUCAACAAUGUGCUAGUAGAGGCUGGUCAAGGGACCAAUAACCGGAGAGACAAUUUAAAAGAACGUGCUUCAACACAUAAGAACGUAUUAAAAAAAUAUGAAGAUCGGUUCACAAACAAAUUUGGUUCUUCCAUUAACCAACACAUUGCAGCAAAAUUGACCGCUAUAUCUUACAUUAUAAUCGAUCAUAUUAUAGUCCACGAAUCAUUCUCACAGUAUUUGAAAAGUGUAUUUGAAGUAUUACGAAAAUAUGCAGUGAGACAAAUAGACUCAAGAUUUACAAAACUUAGAAAAAUUUAUAAAAAAUGGGAAAAAAAAAACUUUCCGGACAAGAAAAAGAAAGCUAAUGCUUUAAAAAUACUAAAAAAUCAAGAAAAGAGAAACAAAAAUAAUCAAGAUAAAGGAAACAAAGGUGUAGAAAAAAAGAAUUUAGGGAAUGAAAAGAAAUCUAAAAAAAAAGAUGAUAAAUAGAUAAAAACGGCGGUAAAAAUAAAAAUGGAAAAUAGGUACCUAUAACCAAUUAUUUAUAACUUAAAUAAUACAUUUAGAUUGCAGUUUUGUUUAUGGUUGUACCACAGAUUCUAAUAAAACAUAUAAAUAAUUAUAUAUCUAUAUUUAUUAUUAAUAAUAAGCAAAUUAAUAAUAUAAUAUUAUAAAAACUUUUCAA